AUGACCUGGGUCUUUGGGCAUAUUGCUGGCCGAGUGGACGUACACUAUGCCAACCGGAACGACAAUCGUAGCAACUGGCAACGUGCAGGGCAGCCCGUUCGGACGUUCGGAACGCGACGGGUGCUGUGGUGUGGGAGUUUAAUAGAAUAG